ACAAUCACCGCAGCAACAACAACCACCACACCAACUCCAACCACUACAACAACAACCACCACACCAACUCCAACCACCACAACAACAAUCACCGCACCAACAACAACCACCACACCAACUCCAACCACCACAACAACAACCACCACACCAACUCCAACCACCACAACAACAAUCACCGCACCAACAACAACCACCACACCAACUCCAACCACUACAACAACAACCACCACACCAACUACAACCACCGCGGGUCGCGCGCUGAUGACGUCUCCCGCCUCACGUGACCUCCCCCGGCUCACGUGACCUCCCCCGGCGGUGCCGCGCAGUGCGGGCCUGGGACCCCGCAGGAUCGGCGGCGUCACCGCGGCGCUCCCCGUCUCGUCGGCCCCUCGAGCUCCCCGUGUCUCUCGCUCUCUCCCCGUGUCUCUCGCUCUCUCCCCGUGUCUCCCGCAGGAUCCCCGUGUCUCUCCGUGUCUCCCCUCCCCCCCCCCCCGUCUCUGCCUGGAAUCUCCCGGUAUCUCGGCGUCUUUCCGUCUUCUAGACCCUUGUAUCCCGCCUGCUCCCCCAGCCCUUCCAAGUCUCCUCCCGGUGUCUUCCUCUGUCUCCGUCUCCUCCCGGUAUCCCUCUCCCCCCCGUGUCUCCCUCUGUCUCCCCCCCCUGUGUCUCCCUCUGUCUCCGUCUCCCCCCGGUGUCCCCCUCUGUCUCUGUGUCCCCCUCCUUCUCCGCGCACCAUGAGGUUGGUUCGCGCGCUGCUGCAGAGUGGCGCGGGCAGCAUCCCGCGCCACAUCGAGCACUACUCCCGCUUCUCGCCCUCGCCACUCUCCAUGAAGCAGUUCAUGGACUUCGGCUCGGAGAAUGCGUGUGAGAAAACGUCUUUCACGUUCCUGCGCCAUGAGCUCCCGGUGCGACUCUGCAACAUCAUGAAGGAGAUUAAUUUGCUCCCAGACAAACUCCUGCAGACGCCGUCCGUACGCCUCGUUCAGAGCUGGUACAACCAGAGCCUGUUGGACAUGCUCGACUACGAACGCAAGGACCCUGAGGAAGACACAACUCUCAACACUUUUGUGGAAACGCUGAUCAAGAUCCGGAACCGGCAUAACGACGUGGUGCCCACAAUGGCCCAGGGCGUGAUUGAGUACAAGGACGCCUACGGCGUGGAUCCCGUGUCCAGCUCCAACGUUCAGUACUUCCUCGACCGCUUCUACAUGAGCCGUAUCUCCAUCCGCAUGCUCAUCAACCAGCACACGCUGCUGUUUGGAGGGGGAGUGAACCCAGCUCACCCCAAGCACAUCGGCAGCAUCGACCCGAACUGCGACGUGGUUGGCGUCAUCAAAGAUGCCUUUGAGAAUGCCAAGAUGCUCUGUGACCAGUAUUACUUGGCGUCCCCUGAACUGGAAAUCACCGAGUGCAAUGCCCAGACGCCCAAACAAGCCAUCUACGUGGUGAAUGUGCCUUCCCACCUGUACCACAUGCUGUUUGAACUUUUCAAGAACGCGAUGCGUGCCACGGUGGAGCACCACCCGGCCGAAACGUUGGUGUACCCCCCCAUCGAGGUGCUGGUGGCGCUGGGCAAGGAGGACCUCACCAUACGGAUGAGCGACAAGGGAGGCGGGGUGCCCCUCCGAAAAAUCGAUCGGCUGUUUAACUACAUGUACUCCACCGCGCCCCGACCACGCAUGGACACCUCCCGUGCUGCCCCCCUGGCUGGCUUUGGAUACGGGCUGCCUCUCUCCCGGCUCUACGCUCGCUACUUCCAGGGGGACAUUCAUCUGUACUCCAUGGAGGGGCACGGCACCUCCGCCCUCGUCUACCUGAAGGCGCUGUCGAGCGAGUCGGUGGAGCGGCUGCCCGUCUACAACAAGUCGGCGUGGCGCCACUACCACGAGGCGCACGAGGCCGACGACUGGUGCGUGCCGAGCAGUGAGCCGCGCAACAUGGCCACCUACAAGCCUCGCUAGGGGCCGUCGGGCGCCCCGCCGCCCGGCACCGCUCGCCCGAGCCGUGUGCCCCAUCGGCGUGCGGUCAACUGUGCGGUCAUCUCCCGAACUCGCCCGCACCCAGCGACAUGGCACCCUCCCCCCCCCCACACCUACCUCCGCAGUGCGCGUGAUGGUUGCCAGCGCGUGCGAUCCUGCGGUGGUGUGGGUGCGCCGAUUUCACUCUGAAAGGUCACGGAGUAAUAAUAUAUUUUGGUGUGAGUCUGUGUGAAUAUAGAACUGUAAAUAGUACAGAACUCUAUAGAGUAUAGUAUCAAAACGUGUAAGGACAAGAUCCCAGCAUUUCCUUUUCAACGUGAAAUGAUCACGUACGUCCACACACUCAUUUCAUGAAUUUCAAAGGGGGCUCCCGGUUUCUCACUCGUGCACGCCCUUAGGGGUCCCGUCGCUCUCCGCGUCCGUGCUGCAGAUGCGGUAAGAGGUGGAGAGAGAGGAGCUGUGGUCAUUUCUUCAGGAGGAGCGUCCGGAUGGCCACACGAGUUCCAUUCUUCACGAAAUAUUCACUCGACGUUUAAAAGAAAAAAUUAUGAUUCAGGCAAUGCGCGGACCCCGUCACAUCGCGUUGUCGUUGCGACACACGUAAUACACUCGUGACACACACGUGAUACACACGUGAUACACACGUAAUACACUCGUAAUACACUCGUGAGACACGUAAUACACACCGUCAACAUAAACUAAACAGACGCUUGAGGAUUUUUUUUUUAUUCGGCACAAUCUGUUUAUUUGCAGAAUCUGUUUAGCUCUCGAAUCUGCAGAAUGUGUUUAUAUCUCUAAUCUGCAGAAUUUGUUUAGCUCCCGAAGCUACAGAAUCUGUUUCUCUAAAAUCUGCAGAAUCUGAUUCUCGAAUCUGGCGAAUCGGUUUCUCUAGAAUCUCGUCUCCGGACACCAACUUCAGACGGGUCGUGCUUCGUCUUACAAACGUCGAGUUUGAGGCAGAACCGGGGAGGGAUUUUUAGACAUCGGAAGAUGGAACCCUAAUGGCGACCUCUGGGCGGUCACAGUGCACUGCAUCACACUGAACAUGUAGCUUUACUUCGUUACAAUUUAACCAGUUUAUUUUAAGAAUAUGAAAAAAUAUAUAUGUGCACACACGUAAGAUUUUGGUUUUCAUCCAACCAUUUCAAAUAUUGCAAAGAUGAAACGUUUUUAAGUAUUACUGAUAAGCUGUCACGUGAUGUGUUCUCAACUCUGUAGCGUUGCAGUUGAAACCGCGGCUGACUCCCUUGCUCUUGCCACUUUGUACAUCUCGAUGGCGUUAGGUUAGAACCUUGUGGUUGGGUCAUAAGCAAUUUUAAUCGGGCGACAACAACGUCUAGUACUGGGUUGCUCUUCAUGGGACCUCCCUUGCCAGUUGAUCUAACACUGUUUGAGACUAAGCUCUUCAGAAAGCUGUCUCUGGUGUGGACCAAUCCGUUUGCAUAUACUACCGGAGCAUGCUUUUUGUUUGCAUGUUCACCACAAGUCUAUGUGUUUGGUGUUUUAACAUCGUCACACACCUGUUUUAUUGCCAGAAAGGGUAAAACCUAUUCUCAUGUGUUACUCUCAUUUUAAUCGGAGUCACGAAUUACUGCGGCGGUUACCUUUUUUUUCGUCAUCGCAAUGAAAUCAUUUCCAGCCUCUCUCCUCGUGUUCUGAGUCUUGGUGUUUCGGUGAAGGGCCCCGUCACUUGUGGUGAACCCACUUGCCCAGUGUUUUGUGACCCCCCCCCCCCACCUGCCUUUUGGACUCCUGCCGUUUGAUAUGAGCAGCCCCACCCGGGCAUCAAGAGACGUUCACCGUUACAAAUUGUGAAGAUAACGAAUCUCUGUCCGUGGGAAGUGCCGCGGGCGUGAGGGCACCGCUGGGUGGACGAAGUGCAUUGCCUGUCGUGGGAAGGGCAGUCUAGUUUGGAUUUUAGUGUUGGGCUCCUGUGGUUUUAAACGCGUCAUUUUGGCAUCAUGUUUGGGAAAAUUUCCGUCGUCGGUUGAUAUUCAAACAGAAUCCCAACUGGCCUGCAGGGUGCUUUGUGUCUAUACCAACGAGGUGCACAGAAUCCCCCAGUGGGACCCUGUGGGAGCUCGUGUUUAGAUGGAGCGGUUGUGAUGACGAGGACGACGACGACGGGUUCCAUGCCCCAGCCAGGCUGGGACUCUUGCUGUCCAUCCCUUGACUCCAGUGACUUGUUGCUGCGGGUCCACUGCACCGUGGAAACGUCCACUUGGUUUUGUGGAAUUGAAACAAAUUAAUUUUAUUUAAAUGAUCGUUGCCGGGUGACAUGCUCGUCGUCACUUCAGGGGACAUUUGAUUGCAGAUUGAGGACAGUUGGAGGCUGCCGUCAGCAGCCUACGAACACAAAUGUGGGUGAACGAGAGCGUGAACAGAUACCCUGGUUUGCUCGCUCUAGAAUUUGAUUCGUGGGCAUUAAAAAGUUUCAAUUGGUUCGUGAAAAAUUUGGUGUAGAAUUUAUCGAACUUUUCCCAUGCACCCUAACCCCCCUCCCCGACCUGUUCUCUGACGUCACGUGGACACGACCAAUCGGCACCGAUGUCACCAAUAGAACACGUGGGGAGUGUAACGGUUUUCUUUCGCGGAAUUUUUUUUUACUUUGAAAAAGAAUCGUCGGUGUUGGCUAAAAAGUAUUGAAAAAUAUGUGAGUUAACUCUCAAUAGAAAGUGAAUUCCUAUGAUGUGUUAGGGGUUAGGAUGCUAUCUACACAUUAAAAGAAAUUGGAAAAUUCCACAUUACGUUUUUGACCCGAAAAAGACUCGGAUGCGCUAUCCGCUGCUGGGCGAGACUUCCUCGAGUUCACCAUCUCUCCGUUUUGUAACACUCCGAUGCUCACCAGAUGUUGUUUACCCCUCGCACAACCUGCUCCACUCAUUCCGCCUGCAACCGCUGGGGAGAGAGCUGAGGUGAGGAGCCCUGCUCUAUCCGCUGCUGGCCUAGACUACCUCUAGUAUAUCAUGCCUAUUGCAUGCGCUAUCCACUGCUGGGCUAGGCUCCAUCUCUAUAGCUUUUGCUCUGUCAUGGCCGAGACUCCAUCUCUAGAGGAUGCUCCAUCCACUGCUGGCCUAGACCCUUGUGCCCCGCCCACUCUGUUCUGACACUUGGGCUACGCCCACUUGCAAACCUUUAUAAACAGUUGCAUUUAGAGGCUUACCCCCCCCUUUCCUCUCCGCCUGAUGACGACCGCUUGUGUUGCGAUCGAAACGUCGUGGUUUUUAUUUAUUUUAUUUGUAUUAAUUUGAACCUAUCUACGUGACUUUACCGAAACACCCAAGGCACAUCGGCACAAGUUGUUUUUGGCCAAAUAUGCCACAAUUUAUUUUGCGUUAUGUAUCAAUAAAAAGUGAAUUGCUCCGUCGUGUUGAGGCUCACCGUGCGAUGUAUCCAAGGAAAUUGGGAAAUUGCACGUAAAAAAAAAUCGCUCGGGGAAAAAAAGGUCGUGGUGAAGAGUGACGUGUCAUCUAUGACGUUUAAUAAAGAAAUCGUGACAAGUA